GUUUGAAUACGUUCUUAAAUUAAGAAACACGUGUGUUUGUUUUGAUGUUUAUAGGUUAUGUAUUCUAACCUCAAACUUUAGAGUUAAUUAAUAGAGUUAAAACGUUUAUUUUUUUUAUAAUUUUCAUCAAUAAAAUAGAAUAAAAGUGCUUUUAAAAGAUGGUACAGGUUCAUUAUGCUAGAUUUUAUAAACCUAAAACAAAAGGAAUUAAUUGUAUGACUCUUUCCAAUUCAAAAUUGGCCCUUUCCAGAUCAGAUAAUUCAAUCGAAAUAUGGAACAUUGCAAACACACCAUUUAUAGAAAUAAUAAUCCCUUACACAUUAGAACAACAUAUUCAAGGAUUAAUUUGGGUUAAAACUCGUUUAUUUAGUUGUGAUUUACAAGGUUUUUUAAAUGAGUAUGAUUUAAACCUGCUGGAAAUCAAAUCUAAGCUUUCCGUAACAGGAGAAGCAGCUUAUUGUCUUGACACAGACACAUCAAAUCAACACAUUGCUGUUGGAACAGACCAAGGAUACAUAAACAUUUUUUCAAUAUCUGAAGAAAAUGAAGUCCUCUUCAAAAAAUUCCUCGAUAAACAAGAAGGAAAAAUUUUAUGUUUAAAAUACGACACCACGGGAAAUUUUAUUGUUACCGGAAGUAUCGAUGUUAUAAGAAUUUUUGAUGUAAAUCAUGGUCACGCUUUACAUAAAAUGUCUACAGGUCGAUCAGAAAAAAAUAAACCCACCAUAACUUGGUGUUUAAAUGUCUUAAGCGAGUUUGUAAUUAUAACAGGCGACUCAAGGGGAAAAUUAACAUUUUGGGAUGGAAAAAUCGGUGCUCAAAUUGAAACCUAUCAAUCGCAUAAAGCUGAUAUAUUGAGUAUCUGUGUAUCUGAAAACGAAGAUACAAUUUUUUGUGCAGGUGUUGAUCCGAUUAUUUCAAGUUUCGCGAAAGUUAAUGUUAAAGAUGGUUGUAAAUGGGUUAAAAACAUUCAAAGACGAGUUCAUGACCACGACGUUAAAGCUUUAAUCCAACAUAAAAAUAAAUUGUAUUCUGGUGGUGUUGAUGGUUAUUUAGGUCUUAGUUAUCAUCCUCCAAAAACGUUGGUUAAAUAUCCAUCGCUAUAUAACGAUUCCGUUUCAUUGAGUGAAACUAAAAUGAUGCUGUUACGUUAUUCUAAUUAUUUGGAAGUUUGGAAAUUGGGUGAAUCAGAAGGUGAGGUUGGUUUUAAUCAAAUGUAUCGGAUCAAGAAUGUACCCAAAAAAAUCGCUGUGAUUGAGAGACAAAUUAAAGAUUCUCAAGGAAAUAAAGAGAGAGAAUUUAUAUUGUGUUGUGCAAUUUCAAAAGAUGGGAGAUGGAUUUGUUAUAGCACAAUAUCAUGUGUUAAUCUUUUAGAGUUAGAAUAUGUAGAUGAAAAAUUAAAACUUUCAUCAACUAAAUUAAAUGAUUUAUGUGAAUCUUGUACUCGACUUGGAUUUACUCAAUUUAAUGAAUUAAUUUUGAUUACGACAGAAAAAGUCUUAAUCAUCUAUGAUUUAGAGACUAAAUCAUUGAAAAAUAAAUUUGAAACAAUACCACAUAUAACUAAUAAUGUAUUAUUAUUAACAAUUUCUCAAGAAUAUUUUUCAAUCAGCGACAUAACUGGAAACGCAGUUGUUUUUAAAAAGGAUAAUAAAUUAUGGAAAUUUUAUUGGGCAUUACCUAAAUAUUCAUGUCCCAUUAUAUCAAUGGCAAUUGGUCCUAAAAGUAAUUUGAUUGUAGCGUAUUCAGAUAACCAACUAUCUGCAUAUGAGCUUUGUAAUAAGAAAAUUAUGACAAUUUUUAAAUCAUUUAAUUCUACAAGUUUGGAUCAUUAUAGAAAUAAACAUUUGCCAAUUAGAAAUAUAACAUUUGAUUUAAGUAAUGAUAACAUUAUUAUUUUACAUGAUGAUGUAACAAUUGUUGUAAUAAAUAAAGAUAAGAUUCCAAGUGAUGAAUCUAAACCGAAAAUAGCUAAAUUGGAUAAGGUUUUGUCAGGAAAUAAAACUGGAAUAAGAACAAUAAAUGGCCAUCAGCAUCUUCUAUAUUUAGAACAAAUUUCUAAGAAAGAGUGUGUUGCUGUUGAAGUAAAUCCAAUUUCUUUUCUAAGUGAGCUUCCACCUUGUUUGAAACAAACACUUUUUGGUAAAAAAUGAUGAAUACUUGUUCUAAUUUCUUUGUUUUAACAAUAAAUUAAAAUUAAACUAUGAAACUAAAA